AUGGAUUCAGUUUACUCAAUGGGACGCACUCUCCCCCUCCAGCACCGCAUCUACUUUAUCUCCAAGAUGAAGCUCUCUGAAUUUUACAGAUCUCCUACUGAUGCCUCUAUGCGAAAGCUUGUACUUAUCAACAACGCAAUCAAAUCCACCCAAAGCUACCGGUCAACUCCUCCAACCGAGUAUGAGACUGUUCCCCUCACAAGACAGUACUCUCAGCCCACCCGGAUAGCAGACGAUCAGGAUACCUCUCUCCAGCAAGAAUGGCUUGAUACUUGCCUAGGAAGCCUUGAAGAAGAAGAUGACGAAGAAGACGACGAUGAGGAGCUCGAGGUUCUGGAAUCCUCUUACAUAGAUGAUGAAAUCUUUACCUCACGUACAAGCGAAGACUGGGAUUGGAGUUUAUCAGCACCUGCUGGGCAACAUGAAUUCUUUGACGAAGCCUUAACAACCACAAACACUGAUUACAAAUGGGCAAAUGACUUUGAUAACAACCGAUCUAUCGAGAGCAUGGAAAUGGACGAGACUUUUCUACCCAAAAUCUUGGAUUUUUUUUAUAUAAUUUGUAGGAUCAUUGUAAUUAGUAUCCUAGCAAUAAGUUUUAGAUCUAUGAUUAAACAUUUCCUCAGUCAGUCUUGUUCAAUCAUCAUUUAA